AUGUCGGACAUCAAGCAAGAACUGGCUGUCCACGACGAAGUCGAAAACCUCAAGUCUGAGGAUGCUCAAGUUACCCACUCUCACGCUGAUAGGCUCUCCAUCUGGCAAGCAGUGCGAGCAAACAAGUUGAUCGGUCUUAUUGCCAUGGGUGCAGCAUUCAGUGCCUCCCUUGAUGGCUAUCGUUUCAUCAAACAGAUGGCCAGUCCUGGUACUAAGAUCAUUAACGGAAAGUAUAUCUCUGCCUGGGGUGGUAUUCAGUCCGCUGGACAGUUUUUGGGCCUGCAAUACAUCACGGAUAGAUUCGGCAGAAAGGUCGCGCUCUACAUCAUCUGGCUUAUGUUCGUGGCUAGCGUAAUGACCGAAUCUUUCGCAACCAGAUGGGAUCAUUGGUUAGUUGCUAAACUUCUGUCCGGCAUGGGCGUAGGUAUGCUCCAGUCAACAAUGCCCAUGUACAUUGGCGAGAUUUCUCCCACACAACUGCGUGGUCUCUUCAUCAACGCCUACACUUUUAGCNNUGGCAGCNAGUGGGCAAUGGUUGGUGUAGCAGGUAUCAUCUUUGUAUUCCUCCCGGAGUCUCCAUGGUGGCUUGUUAGCCAAGACAGAACAGAGGAUGCCGAGCGUAUGUUGCAAAGAUAUCACCAACAGAAGGAAGAUUUCGAUACGCAGGAACAAGUCGUAAGGCAAUCGCUGGCUUUGUGUGAACAAACACUUGCUAACCGAUACAGANACGUCAUGACUUCAACCGUUGAGCACGAACGUGUCAUGGCUGAACAGAAUCGCGAAACUGGACCAAGGGCUGUCUUUCAGGGCAAGAACCUGCUUCGUCUCGUCAUCGCCGCUUGGCCCAAGGUCACCCAACAGUUCGUUGGAUUGAGUGUAUUCAACACUUAUGCCACUUACUUCUUCCAAUAUGCCGGCAACAAANACCCCUUCUUAGUCACUGUCAUCCUGUCUAGCGUCCAGCUUCUGUCUGUCUUGGUCACGGCCGUCACCACGGACAAAGUUGGUCGUCGCCCUCUCACUGUAUAUCCCUACGCCGUCACGGUUGUAUCUGUAUUGUGUUUGGGGAUCGUUGGAUGCUUUGACUACAAAGACCAAGCUCUGAGUUCGCUACUGGUUCGUACCCACAGAAGCCCUCUUCCAACUGCUGUAUAUCUAACCCGUGAUUCCACAGNNAUCUUCUUUGCAUGUCUGGCAACUUUCUCUACGACCGGUGCGUCCGGUAUAGGCUACGCUUACGCAGCAGAGAUUCCACAACAGCGUCUUCGCGCCCGCACCAACGCCUUCGGCCUUGCCUUCUCAAACCUUAUUGCAAUCAUGUUCAGUUUCUGCACUCCUCUUAUGAUCAACGGUACUACAACACACUGGGGAGUCAAGACCGGUUUCUUGUAUGUUGAGACGAUCGAGGUGGUUUUCAUCACUCUUGCUGAUAUUAGUCAAAGCUUUGCCGGUACCGGUUCUGUAGCUGUGGUUAUCGCUUGGCUCAUUCUGCCUGAAGUUGCUCGUCGCACUCCCGCUGAGAUUGAUCGGAUGUACGUACAGAUUAUCUCGAGUUCCUGA